AUGCUCGACCCGUCGUCCAGCGAGGAGGAGUCUGAUGGGAUAGUAGAGGAGGAGAGUAAAGAGGCGAAGGCUCCUCAGGCCGGCUCCCGCGUCUCCCCGAGCAGGACCAGCAACAGCUCGGGUGGCUUGGCCCCGAGCAGCGGCCGCAGCAGUGCCCGUCCGACUAGCCCGAGCCCCUCAGCUGUCAGCGAGGAGAAAGAGGACCUGGAGAAGCUGCAGAGAGAGGAAGAGGACCGCAAAAAGAAGCUGCAGUUGUAUGUUUUUGUCAUGCGGUGCAUCGCGUACCCUUUCAACGCCAAACAGCCUACAGAUAUGGCUCGGCGACAGCUGAAGAUUACUAAGCAACAGCUCCAGCAGACCAAGGACCGCUUCCAGGCCUUUCUCAAUGGAGACACACAAAUAGUGGCAGAUGAAGCAUUCAUCAAUGCAGUGCAGAGUUAUUCAGAGGUAUUCCUAAAGAGUGACCGCGUGGCUAAGAUGGUGCAAAGCGGGGGCUUCUCGGCGGGCGACUUCAGAGAAGUGUUCAAGAGACACAUUGAGAAGCGUGUGCGCAGUCUGCCCGAGAUAGACGGGCUGAGCAAAGAGACGGUGCUCAGCUCGUGGAUGGCCAAGUUUGACACCAUCUACCGCGGAGACGAGGACCCCCGCAAAGCCCAGCAGCGCAUGACCGCCAGCGCAGCCUCAGAGCUCAUACUCAGCAAGGACCAACUGUAUGAGAUGUUCCAGAAUAUUCUCGGCAUCAAGAAGUUUGAACACCAGCUGCUGUACCAGGCCUGUCAGUUGGAUAACCUGGACGAGCAGGCUGCACAGAUCCGCAGAGAGCUGGAUGGCCGUCUUCAGAUGGCAGACCAGAUUGCCAGAGGUGGCAAGUUCCCUAAAUUUGUGUCCAAAGAGAUGGAGGCCAUGUACAUCGAGGAGCUGAAGUCAUCCGUGAACCAGCUAAUGGCCAAUUUAGAGAGCAUGCCCGUGUCGAAAGGAGGGGAAUUCAAACUGCAGAAGCUCAAGCGGGGACACAAUACCUCCAUCAUCGACAUGGGCCAGGAGGACGAGAACACACUGUCCAAGUCCGACGUAGUGCUGUCCUUCACACUCGAGGUAGUGAUCAUGGAAGUACAAGGGCUCAAGUCACUGGCUCCGAACCGCAUUGUGUACUGUACCAUGGAGGUGGAGGGAGGAGAGAAGCUCCAGACCGACCAGGCUGAAGCAUCCAAGCCCACCUGGGGCACACAGGGGGACUUCACCACCACACACCCGCUGCCUGCCGUCAAGGUGAAGCUGUUUACGGAGAGCACUGGCGUGCUGGCGCUGGAGGACAAGGAGCUGGGCAGGGUUGUGCUCCACCCCACUCCCAACAGCCCCAAACAGUCAGAGCUCCAUAAGAUGACUGUUACUAAGGCAUGCCCAGACCAGGACCUGAGGAUCAAACUGGCCAUCCGCAUGGACAAGCCUCAGAACAUGAAGCACUGCGGGUACCUCUGGGCAUUUGGAAAGAAUGUUUGGAAGCGCUGGAAGAAGCGUUUCUUUGUCCUUGUACAGGUGAGCCAAUACACUUUUGCCAUGUGCAGCUACAGAGAGAAGAAAUCAGAACCACAGGAACUUCUCCAGCUAGACGGAUACACUGUAGACUACAGUGACCCACAACCAGGUUUGGAUGGGGGCAGAGCCUUCUUCAACGCUGUAAAAGAAGGUGACACUGUGAUCUUUGCCAGUGACGACGAGCAGGAUCGCAUCCUGUGGGUCCAGGCCAUGUACCGCGCCACAGGCCAGUCCCACAAGCCCGUCCCACCCACUCAGGUCCAGAAACUCAACUCAAAAGGGGGCGUGUCUGCUCAGAUGGACGCUCCCAUUUCACACAAAGAUGCUGACAGAGCUCAGAAACACGGCAUGGAUGAGUUUAUCUCGGCUAACCCCUGUAGCUUUGACCACGCCUCCCUUUUUGAGAUGGUGCAGCGGCUCACACUGGACCACAGACUCAAUGACACCUUCUGCUGUUUGGGAUGGUUCAGCCCAGGCCAGGUCUUCGUCCUGGAUGAGUACUGUGCCAGGAACGGAGUGCGAGGGUGCCACAGACACCUGUGCUACCUGCGGGACCUGCUGGAGAGGGCAGAGAAGGGGGCCAUCAUUGACCCCACUCUGCUGCAUUACAGCUUUGCUUUCUGUGCAUCCCAUGUCCAUGGGAACAGGCCUGAUGGGCUCAGCACAGUCAUUGUGGAUGAGAAGGAGCGCUUUGAAGACAUCAAGGAGCGGUUGCGUGUGAUUUUGGAAAACCAGAUUGUAAAUUUCAGAUAUUUUUUCCCCUUCGGUCGUCCAGAGGGGGCGCUGAAGGCAACUUUAUCUUUGCUAGAGCGGGUCCUGAUGAAAGACAUAGUGACCCCAGUCCCUCCAGAGGAAGUGAAAGGAGUAAUCCGCAAAUGUCUGGAGCAGGCAGCACAGCUCAACUACCAGCGGAUUAAAGACUAUGCCAAAAUUGAAGGUAAACAACAUACACAGGAGUUACUGAAUGUGCCUCAAAUCACGCCUGCCAAAAAGCUGGAGGAAACUAUUCGCCUGGCGGAGUUAGUCAUAGAGGUCCUCCAGCAGAACCAGGAACACCACGCGGAGGGAAAAGAGGCCUUUGCCUGGUGGACAGACCUGAUGGUAGAACAUGCAGAGAACUUCCUGGCCCUCUAUGCCAUUGACAUGGAUGCCGCUCUGGAGAUCCAAUCACCUGAGAGCUGGGACAGCUUUCCCCUCUUUCAGCUGCUCAACGACUACCUGCGAACAGACUACCAUCUGUGCAACGGAAAGUUCCACAAGCACCUGCAGGACCUGUACGCCCCCCUGGUGGUUAGAUAUGUGGAUCUGAUGGAGUCCUCCAUCGCACAGUCUAUUCACAAGGGCUUUGACCGCGAGUCCUGGGAGCCCGUCAAGAGUUUAACAAGUAAUCUGCCCAAUGUGAACCUACCAAAUGUGAACCUCCAAAUUCCCAAAGUACCAAAUCUGCCAGUGCCAGUAGCUGGACUAUCAGUUAACCUUCCACAAAUGCCUAGCUUUUCUACCCCGUCUUGGAUGGCUGCUAUAUAUGACUCUGAUAACGGGUCUGGGACAUCUGAGGACCUCUUCUGGAAGCUGGAUGCCCUGCAGACUUUCAUCAGAGACUUGCACUGGCCCGAGGAGGAAUUCGCCAAGCACCUGGAGAGCCGCAUUAAGCUCAUGUCCAGCAACAUGAUCGAGAACUGCGUCAAGCGCACCAGGAUGGCCUUUGAGUCAAAGCUGGCAAAAAGCAGCAAGUCCACGGAUUUCCGCAUCUCUCCCACAUUAUGCACCAUGUUCAAUGUGAUGGUGGAUGCCAAGGACCAAUCUGCCAAACUCUGUGCCAUGGAGAUGGGCCAGGAGAAACAGUUCCACUCCCAAAUUGACGAGCUGAUUGAAGAAAGUGUGAAGGACAUGAUCCAGCUUCUAGUCGCCAAGUUUGUGGCAAUACUGGAGGGCGUCCUAGCUAAGAUUUCCAGAUAUGACGAAGGGACACUCUUCUCCUCAUUCCUCUCCUUUACGGUCAAAGCUGCCUCUAAAUAUGUGGAAGUACCUAAGCCCGGGAUGGACGUGGCUGAUGGCUACGUGACCUUUGUGCGCCACUCUCAGGAUAUGCUUCGUGAUAAGGUCAAUGAGGAGGUGUAUAUAGAAAGGUUAUUUGAUCAAUGGUACACUGCCACCAUGAACCUCCUGGGCACCUGGCUGACCGAGCGCAUGGACCAACAGCUGCACGUCUACCAACUCAAGAUCCUGAUCCGGAUCACCAAGAAAAAGUACCGGGACUUCCGGCUGCAGGGCGUGCUGGACUCCACUCUGAACAGUAAGAUGUACGACACAGUGCGUAACCGGCUCACAGUGGAGGAGGCAUCUGCGUCAGUGCGGGAGGGGGGCAUGCAGGGCAUCUCCAUGAAGGACAGCGAUGAGGAGGAUGAAGAGGACUAG